AUGUUGUAUGGAAUAUGCCCAACGGAAGGGCCACGAACUUCUCUCAUACAUUUUCAACAGGGCAGACCAUUACAAUCUCCUGGAACCCAUACAACGGCACCAUGGUUGACUUGUGGCUGGCCCCAUUCGAUCCGGAUAUCAGUGUUGAAUUUUCAUUGCUCACCAAGCCUGGUCGAGGCUUACAAGCUCCCGACCAUCUGUGGACAAUCGAAGGGAUUCCCCUGGAAGUGCUUCGCCGCACGCCCAAGCUCGUCUUACGAUUCACGCCCGAACAAAAGGGCGGCAACCCCCAAUUCAAUAGGAACGAUACAGAGCUCAGCAGCAAAGGCUUUCUUAUUGUGCAAGGAGCCGAGGAAGACGACAAGCUCCACACUACAAUUCCAAGCCUGGGAGGGGGUCAGACACGCACGGACGAGUCGAGUUAUACGUGUUGCAGUAGAUAGAUCCUGGCAUCACGUGACCAGAUUAGCUUAG